AUGUUGAAUAUUGUGAAGGUGUUGUUGAUUUUGCUGCUAAGCACUCAUAUAUGCAGUGCUUUUACUGAUGAGUACUCAUGUCAAAAUACCAUUUGCAGUCCUCGGGCCGGCGAUCUUCUGAUUGGCAGGGAUAACUCAUUGGUUGCUUCUUCUACAUGCGGAUUGGAAAAUGUGGAUACCUACUGUGUUGUUACAGCUAGCGGCAAAAGUCACUGCAGUGAAUGCUAUUCCAAACAAGCAUACAAUUCCAUCACCAAUCCAAACAGCCAUCGCAUUGAGAAUGUUAUAUCUCGGGUUCCUAGCGACCCUGGAAGAUGGUGGCAAUCUGAGAACGCCGUACACAAUGUCACUCUAACACUAAACUUGGAGACUCAAUUUCAAUUUAUAUCCACCAUCCUUCGCUUUAAAACUUUUCGUCCUGCCGCCAUGCUCUUGGAGCGUUCGGUGGAUUUUGCACAGACCUGGCAGCCAUAUGCCUACUUUUCGAACAACUGUCCACAUGACUUCCCCGGCAUUCCUGAAAGACCCAGACGCUCCCUCGGAGAUGUCACUUGCACUAGUAUCUACAGUCAGCUAACUCCUUCCGAGGGUGGUGUUGUCGCCUUCAUGGCAGCCCCAAGUGAAAUGCACGCCAAUCUCCCGCCAUAUAGCGAAGAACGUCAAAAUCUGACAGCUAUUACCAACCUACGGGUGACUUUUACACGCCUCAAUACGUUAGGUGAUAUGAACUUGGAUAAUUCUUCUGCAAUACGUCGAAAGUACUAUUACGCCAUGUACGAGUGGAACGUAUGGGGACGAUGCUCUUGUUUUGGCCACGCCACUCGCUGCAAACCGAAAUCUUCCAGCGAAAUUCGUAAUCUAGAAAAGGUCUACGGGGUUUGCGAAUGUACGCACAACACGGCGGGCGACAACUGUGAGAAAUGCGCCAGUUUCUACCAGAACAAGCCUUGGCGACCUGCGUCUAGACACUCAGCAAACGCAUGUGAAAGAUGCGAGUGCCACGGCCACUCAGACCAGUGCUACUUCAACCCCAUCCUCUACCUGCAAUCAGGCAACGUGUCCGGUGGUCAUUGCUACCAGUGUCUUCACAACACUGAGGGACCACAAUGCGAGUUCUGCAGUGUGGGCUUCUAUCGACAUCCUGACUAUCCCAUCAAUCACUCUCAAACUUGCCAACCCUGUAAUUGUCACGCCGGUGGCUCAGAGGCCCACGAGAACUGCGAUCAGUACACGAACCCCGCCGAGGGAAAGGUGGCGGGCCGAUGUGUCUGCAAAGCGAACGUGGGAGGAGAUAAGUGCGAUCGCUGUCGCGACGGCUAUUGGAACUUCCGAGCGGACAAUCCGGACGGUUGCGAAGAAUGCAGAUGCCACAUGCUGGGAACACUGGAGAACGUUGGAUGUGACCAAACCACUGGAGCUUGUACUUGCAAGCGCUUCGUUGAAGGCGAAUUCUGUGAUCGGUGCAUGCCUGGCUACUUCAACCUGACCGCCUCUCCGCAAGGUUGCCAGCCUUGCGCCUGCAACCCACUGGGCUCUGUGGGACCACAAUGCGAUCCGGACAGGGGCAUCUGCAAGUGCAAAACGAACUUUAGUGGUCGGGAUUGUAGUCAAGUGGACGAUGGCUACUACGUGCGUCAUCCCGAACUCAUUCUUGAUCGACCCGAUAGACCCCUUGAAAUCCCAGUAGAAGAACCGAAGAAGGACGGCAACUACGUCUUUAUCAUUGAGGUGGAAUCCAAACACUUUGGAAGAGGCGACAGGUGGGUGGUUACAGUUGACGUUAAACAAGAGGGUUCACCUUGUCGACAUGUGCCCACUCGUGUUGAAAUUAACAGUGACACGAGGAAACUAGUCUUGCCGUCUGUGUGCAUGACCGGUGAUCGCAAGACCAUUGUGGCGAUCAUGCCCGAGGCGCGUGAGGGAUCGCCCUACACGGAAAUCGUGAUUGGAAACAUAAUCUUCAAACCUGAUGAUGAUGGCGAAGUCGGCUCUGUGGCCAAGUACUGCGAGUCUUACAGAGAGCUUUCUGAACGGAUUCUCAAUGGCGAGGUCGACCCAACCCGAAUGCCUCAACAAUGCCAAACCUACUUCGACGUUUCAGAGUCUCACUGGAAGGAAACCAGUGCUCUGGCUAUUCCUUGUGAGUGCAACGUUACGGGCUCUGUGGGGCCAAUUUGUGACAAGCUCACCGGACAAUGCCCCUGUCGACCGGGUGUUGUGGGUCGGAAGUGCGACCAGUGCGAUCUUUAUCACUACCACUUCAGCACUUCUGGCUGCACGGGUGGGUUUUUGUCCCUGUCUUUCUGGCAUAAUAGCAUUCAUAAUGCGCAUGUCAACUUAUUCCUCAGCAUUCAUUUAGCUUGCAACUGCAAUCCGAAUGGAUCUGUUGAUCUUCAGUGUGAUCCUCUCACCAGCCAGUGCCCCUGUCGUCCUGGAAUUAAAGGCAGGAAGUGCGAUAUUUGUGGAAGCGGGUAUUGGAAUUUUCCCUUCUGUCAACCUUGUGAAUGCAAUGGGAAGGCAGAAGAAUGUGAUCAACUUACUGGAGCCUGUAUUAAUUGUCGCGACAACACUGGAGGUCCCAGAUGCGAGUCUUGUGUUCAGGGUUUCUACGGAGACCCUCUAAGAGGCGUCCAAUGCCGACCUUGCGAAUGUCCUGGAGGGGGUGUUGAUCACUCAGAAGGUUGUCAAAUGCACCCUGUCAAUGGAAUGCAGUGUCACUGCCAGAUAGGUCUAAAAUGUUCAGAGUGCGCACCAAAUUACUACGGGAAUCCAACGGAGUUUGGGGGUUCGUGCCAACCCUGCGAUUGCUCGGGCAACCUUCCACCGGAGGGUGGGUGCGAUCAGGUGACGGGCGCAUGUUUGACAUGUCUGCACAACACCGAAGGAGAGAAGUGCGAUCGGUGCAUUUCGGGUUUCUGGGGCAACGCUAGCCAACAAGCCUGCCGGCCAUGCAACUGCUACCAUCUGGGCACUGUUGAUGGGGUGAACGCGGUGUGUGACCGUAGCACAGGUGCAUGUAACUGUCUUCCCAACGUCCUCGGACCGCGAUGCUUCGAGUGCGCACAACAGCAUUUCAACCUCACCUCGGGGCGUGGCUGCGAACCCUGCAACUGCGAUCCCACUGGCUCCCUCCAUCUUGACUGCGAUCAGCUUACUGGCCAAUGCACUUGUAAGCCGGAUCGAGGUGGAAGGAAAUGCAAUCAGUGCCAGAGAACUUUCUAUGGCGACCCACGGCUUCCAGAUGGUUGCAAACGUUGCGAUUGUGACCGAUCGGGGUCACUAAGCGAUACUUGUGAUCCUGUGAGCGGUCAAUGCAUGUGCCGUGAGGGCAUAGCCGGUAGACGGUGCGAUCGCUGUGACAGGGGAACAACAGGUGUUUUGCCUCACUGCCAAACAUGCGGGGAAUGCUGGACCAAUUGGGACAAUGCCAUAAGUGCAAUUGUGGAUGAAUUGCAUAACUUACAAAAUCAGACGUCUAGUCAAUUGCCCGCAGACUUAAAACCCGUUCAUGAUAUUCUGCGGAGUUUAGUAGAACAGCUGCAGCUCGUCCCAGCUUCAAAUCUGACCGAGAAUCAGUUGAAAAAGUUGGCUGAUGCUCUUCAACUAGUUGAGGAUAAGGUUACUGCACUGGAAGCUGCAGAUGGGACAAAUGGAAAGUUUCCAAAAACUAUUGAAGUGCUGACCAACCUUCAAAAGCAACAGGAGUUGUUGACAAAAAACGCUAAAGACAAUGAAGUCUACUUCCAGCAAAUCUCGGACGAUCUUGAAAAAAUGAUUAGAAAUAGUAAAACCAUCUCAUUUCAAGAUCCAUACGUCAAAAAUUGCCAUUUUAAGUACCGGCGACGAAUUUUAAUCGCAUUAACCAAAAGUCAGAUUUUUCAGAUGAUCCGUUUAUGGGGUUUUGUUACUGUCAUUAAAGGUGCUUAUGAUACGUUGAUGAAGGCGGAGGAAGAAGCACAGAAAAUUGAAGCUCUGCAACGAAGUCUAGAAAAUCGACGAACGGCUUUGGAAGCGCUGCUUCAGAAAGUAACGACGACUGUUGGCGAUCGGUUUGAAGCUGAUGAGGAGUUUAAACGACUAAUAAAACUUAUGGGUGAACGUAUUAAGGAUCUUCAGGAUGAAAUUCGGCAAAUUAAUCGAAUGAUGUGUGGAGAUAACCAACGAGCUCCUGAGUCAGGAGCAGAUUUGAGAACCUGUCCAUCUUCUUGCGGAGGUGCAAGCUGCGAUCCUAUUACUGCUGAAAUAUUUGACCUUGACGAACAACACGGAACACGCGCAGCCGAUAGACUCCGUGACUCUUUCGGUCUUAUUUCUAACUGUGCCGGCACCACGGGAUGUUUAAUGAGCUCUGAGGGUCGUUUGAAGGAACUGCUUUCUGAUCACCUUUCUGCCCAAAAUGCUCUUUCCAAUGUCCUACAGAGGUCUGCCAAGGUUGAAAAUCUAAUCACCACGAUAAACGCAUCUCGUACUGAUGCCGAGGGCGUGCUGGAGACUCUCUAUGGUCAGCAGGAGAUUUUGAAAGCUUCGAUAAUGCGAAUGCAGAACAUCACAAAUGCACUGAUUGGAGAUGGUCAAGAAGCACUAAGGAAGUAUGCAGACAUAACACUUGAAUACCAUAAUGAGCUAGUGCAAAGGAUACUCAACCUGAAACAUGACGUCACCUUGCCAGAGGCUCUUGAAAUCGGCAACUCCUUGCAGCGACUUUCAUCUCAGCUUAGCAGUAUGACCGAUCGCAUCCUUGCAGAAACAGCUAAAGAAAGCCAGAGUGCCAAUUUGCUUCGUGAAAGGGCCAAGAAUAUUAGGGAAAAAGCACAAAGCUUUGUGGAGCAGAUGAAUAAGUUGGCAAAUGUGAGUAAAAUUUACGAUGAACUGGAAACUAGCAAGAUCUUCAGCAGUUUGGAGGAUGCUGAACAGCGAAAGAAUGCAGAAAACGUGAAACAGGCCUUGAAUCGGUUGGAGGCAAAGAGACAAGGACUACCUCAGGAGGUUAGCGCCCAAGCGGAUCAAGCCACACAAAACGCUGUGGACGCUCAAAGACUUCAAGAGGAAACGGAGAUCUCCAGGCAGGAGAGCCAAAGCUCAAUGCAAAAUCUCCAAGUGCUCAAUACAUCAUUUGGACUAUUGGAAGAGAAACUGGAUGGCCUAAACGAGGCAAUGGAGAGAAUGGCCAACCAGAACGAGGGAGGCAGUAGUGAUGGCGGCGACUCGACAGGCAUUCAGGAUCCCGGUGAAUUGGCGAAGCAAGUGAAUAUUUACAUUGAAAAACUUGAAGCCGACCUGAUGGAAGUUGAAGCUAUGUCGAAACCGUUGGAUUCCGUAGAACAAGAAAUAACCAAAUUGACAGAGAAACUGGAAAAGGUAGUAAAGGAGUUCAAGACGUUGAGUUCGAGGAUAUCGCCUGAUACAAAACAUCAGCUCUUUUGCAGCUAA